AUGAACAAAGUGUCAAGAAAGGAACGCCCAGUAACUCGAUCAUAUGCCAGAAAAAAUCGAAUAUUGAUUGCACCCCUACCACCGGCUGACACCAAUCCGGAACCACGUCGUCGUAAUCGAAAAUUUACCGGCAAAAUCAGUCAGCAAGGAUUAAAGAAGAAAGAAUCAUCUAUAACACAAAAACUUUGUGAAAUCAAUCAAGCGUCUAGCCGUAAUGCCGGCAUAAACAAAUUUCAGCAAUCUUCUCAGUCAAACUCUAAUAUCACGAGCACUCGAGCAAAAUCUCAAGUAGAUUCUGCUCGAACUGUGGACAUCGGCGUUAUUACUCAACAAUCUUCUCCCAUAAAUACUUGUAACACUAUUCAACAAUCACUCCCGGUAAUUUCUACAUCAAAAUACCUUCAGGUGCCGCCAAACACACGAGCAACGCGAGAUUAUCCCAGAUUAACGAAUAUUAAUAUUGAAUCAAUGUUUUCCAACAAUAUGACGACGCCGUAUCUAAAAGAUAGUCCGGUUCCGGUUAGGAGGAAUACAUCUUUUGAUGAUUUUGGAGGCUUUCGGUUGCAAUCAUCAAUAACCGAUGAUGAUACUGAUUCUGAAUAA